AUGUGUGAGGAGUCCAGAAACUUGAAUGUGAGGUCAGUUCAGUUCUUAUCAGUCAUCCUCCAACAGACAGGCGUACACGUAAGGAAGACCGUGCUGCCGAGUGGGAAAUUACUGGAAGAGACGGGCGACCUCACUAAUAUUUGGCUGGAUCUUGCCGACAGAAAAGCACAACGUGCUCUUCAGAGGUCCCAAACUAAGCUACAACUUUCUUCUGAAGUGCCACGCCGUAUGUAAAGAACACACAAAUAGAUGAGACUUUUUUUUCUUCUUUUUUUUCCCAACCCAGAACUUGGCUGGAUCUCAAAAGUGCAUGUGAAUCGACCUGCAGUUGUGAGGCAUGCAGAACGAAUUAAAAAAUGGAGAACUGUGAAAGGUAAUUGGCAAGCUGCUUGGCUGCUGAAAGCUGUCACCUGCAUAGACCUUACCACUCUUUCAGGCGAUGAUACUCCUUCAAAUGUUCACAGACUGUGUUUUAAAGCAAAGCAUCCCAUCAGAGAGGACCUGCUGAAAGCCUUGGAUAUGCAUGAUAAAGGUAUUACUGUUGGAGCGGUUUGUGUAUAUCCUGCUAGAGUCAUCGAUGCUGUUAAUGCCCUAAAGGCUGCUGGCUGUAACAUACCAGUAGCUUCAGUGGCUGCUGGGUUUCCAUCUGGACAAACUCCUCUAGAAACCAAACUGGCUGAAAUAAAGCUAGCUGUGGAAUAUGGUGCCAGAGAGAUUGACAUUGUCAUUAGCAGGAGUCUGGUGCUGACUGGCCAGUGGGAAGGUCUCUAUGAGGAGAUCCGUCAGUGUCGUGAGGCCUGUGGAGAAGCUCAUAUGAAAACAAUCUUGGCAACAGGUGAACUGGGGUCCCUUGCUAAUGUCUACAAAGCCAGUAUGAUAGCUAUGAUGGCAGGUUCUGAUUUUAUAAAGACGUCUACAGGAAAGGAGGUGGAAAAUGCGACCUUUCCAGUCGGAGUAGUCAUGAUGCGAGCCAUUAGAGAAUUCUACUGGCAAACUGGCAACAAGGUUGGAUUUAAACCUGCUGGGGGCAUUCGGACGGCAAAAGAAGCUAUUACUUGGCUUAUGCUGGUGAAGGAGGAACUGGGAGUGGAAUGGCUAACACCAGAGCUCUUUCGCCUGGGUGCCAGUAGUUUGCUGGAAGACAUUGAGAAACAGAUUUUCUAUCAUGUGACUGGCUCUUACGCACUUCAGCAUGACCUGGCAAUGGCUUAGACACAAAAUCAACUCAGGAUUACUUUUACAAAAGAGGUCUUUAAGCAAACAGCAUUCAGGAGUCUUCUGACAACCAAGUGCAUAUGAUAGAAUUAAAGGCCUAAUUCUCCCUUCUUCAUAUUUUAUAGUAUUUAAAAAUAUGC